CAGCCAACUUUGACCUUGGACCUGACGGGAAGGAGGAAGCGAACAGCCACAGGAGCGAUGUAGCUAACUUUAUUAUGCGCUCCUACAGCCAACCCUCUACUCUCUGAACACAGAGCCUCUUGCUGACACUGACGGACAGCAUGGCAGACCGUGAAGGCGAGCCGGGGGCUCUGCCGGACAUCCUGUCCCUGUCCCCGGCUACCUUCAGAGACCUGCUGGAAGACAUGAGCGGAGAAGCGCUGGCCUUCACGGAGGCCCACCACCACUGGGAGCUCAGAGAGGACGAGUCUUUGCUGCUGCUGGCCGACUUUGCUCUGGCGCCAUCCUGUGGCAGCGAGGCGUCCUGCAGCCACCCGGAGGCCCGCGGGGAGGCGAGGAGCCUGCAGGAGUUGCAGCUGCAGCUCCAGUUCUUUUUAAGCAGAGCCGACGACUUGCACGAUUGCCUGGAGAGCGGAAAGAGUCACCUGGACAGAGAAGCCCUCGCUGCUGCAGUUUCCAGCCUGCUGCACACCUGCAAGCCUUAUUUUAACCUCCUGGAGUCCACGGGGCGGAGCUCGGUGUCUCAGAGGCCGGCUGAAUUUUGUUCAAAGCUGUUGGACUUCUCUCAGCAGCUGAGCGACAGGCUGGAGCAGCUGCUGCUGGCCUACGCCAGCUGUGACCUCAUCAGCGUGGACGAGGCCCGGCCCGACAGCGUGUCUCAUUUCUGCGUGGGCCAGAGUCGGCUGGGCCAGACGAGGCUGACGGCCUUCCGCUACUGUAAGCCGACGCCCUUCCUGUCCCGCGUGGACACAGGCGUGUACAAACGCAUGCGCUGGAACGUGGACAGACUCCGAGAGGACGGCUGCGAGGAGGAGGAGACCCAAACUGAGUUCUACUUCCUGUGUUACGAGGACAUCCCCAACACGCACGCCGACCCAGACGCAGAGAGCCAGGACACCUCCGACGGCAGCAUGCUGAGGAUGUGGUCCAUCGGUCAGUGGGUGCAGGUGGACCCAGAGCCCGCUACAGAGGACAUAGACGACUGGAUCCUGUGCGAGGUCCCAGAGGCCAGCUACAACAGGCUGCUGUACCUGGGCCCAGACGAGCCGUCCGGCUGCACGGCCACGUCCUACCUGCUGCAGCUGCUGCUGCCGGGCCACACCGACUGACCCGAGGCCCGCCGCUGCGAAGAACCGGCCCGGUUCUAAGCUUUGAGGCCACUGAUAAACGCAGCGCUGGUUAGAAGUUCCCAUACGCUCAUCGUGGGUAGAACCCGAUACGUUUGGGCUUGGUAAUACAGCUUUGGCUUAUCCCCUCCAUCCCCUGAGUGGACUGAUCCAACAGGACCAGAACAUUAGAACCAAUAUCCUGUAGUUAGAAGACAGCAACUUGCUAAGUCCUUAGUGCAUCAUUCCAGUGAUGAGCGGAUGGAAACUCCUGCUGCUCCAUGUUCCCAGGUUCUCUGGCCCGGUUCUACCGUCACCGUUUCACGUUUGCUGCAAAACUUGAUGCCUUUCCUGAUCUGUUUGGAGAUUGUUUUCUACAAGUUUUUAAGAGUGGUUUGUUAUUUAAAAAUAAAAAAAAGCUCCAGCAAUGUUAAUAAAA